GUUUAGUAUUUGGCCGCGUCUCGCCGGAGUAACAUCAUAAUUCGCUAGCAACGUGUUCGAGGGUAACUGCGCACGAUCGGUGCCGUGCGCGUCGUCGUCAUUCUUGUGCUUAGAUUUGCGUUCUUUCGCGAGGGGGUUCUGGAAGUGAGGGCUUCAAGUGAGGGAGGGCAACAGCGCCAGCAACUUGCUGACAUUGACUGCGCUUAGAAGUGUUGGUAUUUGAGUGGCGUACCUUUAAUAUUGGAAGUGCUUGGUUAAAUUGCGGCAGCUGCUGUUCAUAGCCUCGUGCCUCUAAGCGCAUAUAUUUCCGAAGAGAAGUGUUUCGUGAAAAUGCUGCCCAUCUGGACCCUUGUGGUUCCAGCCCUGGUCGGCUUGUGGGCAUUGAGUUGUUGGUUGUACGACAAUCUGAAAUCUGUGGUGCAGAUAGUGAUUGCUGUGCUGACGCCGUACUUUGUCCCCGCAGAGAACAAAACGCUCGUGGAACGGUUCGGGAAAUGGGCCGUAAUUACCGGCAGCACCGAUGGAAUCGGCCGGCAGUACGCUCUCCAGCUGGCUGCCCGAGGAAUCAACAUCGUUCUCAUCUCACGGACAGUUGAGAAGCUAAUGGCCGUAGCGAGCGAGAUCGAGCAGAAACACCAGGUCAAAACAAAGUGGAUAGCGGCCGACUUUAGCCAAGGUCGUCCGAUCUACGACAAACUUCGGCAAGAGCUGGACGGAAUCCCGGUGGGGAUUUUGGUGAACAACGUUGGAACAAAUUUGGAGUACCCGGACGACCUGGACCGCGUUCCGGAGGACAAACUGUGGGAUGUGAUCAACAUCAACAUUGCUGCUGCGACGAUGCUUACCAGGAUAGUGCUUCCGGGCAUGAAGCAACGCCGCCAGGGAGCGAUUGUGAACAUUUCCUCCGGAAGCGAACUGCAGCCGUUGCCAUACAUGACCACCUAUGCCGCUUCUAAGGCCUACAUUCAUAACUUCACCCUGGCGAUGCAGUACGAGCUGGAGCCAUUCGGUAUAACUUGUCAACUAGUCAGUCCACUAUUUGUGACGACCAAGAUGAACAACUUCUCCACCACCGUAAUGAAGGGUGGUCUCUUCAUUCCGAAUGCCGAAUCGUACGCCAAGCACGCCGUCUUCACGCUGGGGAAAACGAAGCAAACAACGGGCUAUUGGUCCCACGGGAUUCAGUACUGCAUGAUCCGGUUGGGGCCGGAGUGGUUGCGAACCCUCAUUGGCGGCAUCAUGAACCAACAGUUCCGCGAGGAAUACUACGCGCAGAAACGAUCCACUGCAAAGGCGCAAUAGUGGGCCUUUUCUAGAGCAUUGUCAGAUAUAGUAUAUUAACAUUGUGGUCCACUCCUUUUCCAGAUUUGUGAAGGACAAAACCUUCAUGCAGCGGUGUCAUGGAUGAGCAGUAACCGGAUGUUAGGAUCAUUCCAAGGGAUGAGCUAAUGCAUUUUUAGUAUUUAAUUAAACCCAAUUUUCAAUAAGUUUUCCCAUGAAUUCGCUAAAUAAUGAGUACAAAUCAAAGCUGUUGGGAAACGUGUAAAAAUUAAACAAGCAAAAAAUUUAUCACGGACAAAUUCAUUGACUGUGACAUUAACAUUUGUACACUUUUAUGACGGAAGAUGGAGUUUUCGCUUUUCAUCUAUGACUAUUUACUGGGUGGACUAUAUUGUUAGUAUAAAGUAUUUCACAUUACGCAAACCUUUGUAUAGUAUUUCUGAAAAGACGUUGCAUUUGUGUACUUCUAAUCUACUUGUUACCGAAUAUAGCUUUUAGUACGAAUUUAAGCAAUAGUCAUAACCAACCGCCGCUCCUAUUUCGAUUGACCUAGCAUAAGACUGAUAACAGCAGUUGACGGAGAAGAUAAUGUGAAUCAAUGAUGAAAAUACAUUUCAAACGAACAUGAAAAACUA